UCAAGUCAAUGCACAAACAUUAUCAUCACAAAUCCAUCAAACUAAAAUCUCAUCUCCCGUGAAAAUCAAUCAUGGCAGCGGAGGCGGCAAUCUUGGCCGCGGUGAAGCUGCUCGGCGAUCUGCUGGUCGAGAAGGUGAACUCCCUGCGAGGCGUGGAGAAGAAGGUCCAGUCGCUGAAAGAAGAGCUGGAAUGGAUGCAGACCUUUCUCAGACAUGCCAACCGCAGGCAAUCCCAAGACGACGGCGUCCGAGAAUGGAUAAAGAAGAUACGAGAAGUCGCUCACGACGCCCAAGACACCAUCGAAAUCUUCCUUCUCAACCUCAACAACAACAGAGGCGUCCGCCGCCUCACUGCCUUCCCCAAGCGCAUGUUCCACCUCCAUCGGAUCAGCUCAGAGAUCAAGUCCAUCCGGGCCAGGCUUGACUCCAUCGACAAGAGCCGCGAGAGGGUACGUGAUAGAACUCGAUCCAAUUCGCACUGGGAGAAGGACGAACACCUGGUGGGCAUGGAGGAGGAUGUGAAGAAGAUUUUACAGGAAUCAGUUCUCAACCUGGGGAAGAAGGGGCUCUCGAUUGCGGUGAUAGAGGGAAUGGGCGGGAUCGGGAAGUCGACGCUUGCGCGGGAAAUAUACAACCACCCCAGCGUCGUCUCCGGAGGAUUCGACUGCCGCGGCUGGGUAGUGGUUUCGAGUGAAUUCGCGCCGCUGGAGACGAUCAAGCAGCUGAUCUUCCUGCUGCCGAGAUCGAAGCAAGAGAGAGAAGAUCUGCUUAAGGAAAUUAAGAUAAUGGAAGAAUCGAUCAAGGACAAAAUGUACCUGCAGCGGAAGCUGCAGGAGAUUCUUCAUGAAGAGCUGCUGGGAAAGAAUUAUUUCAUAGUUCUCGAUGAUGUGUGGGAGAAGGAACAUUGGGAGUAUUUGAAGAGUGGUUUCCCCAAUCAACAAGAUAAAACAAGUAGGUUAAUGCUUACAACUCGCAACAAGAUAAUUACAAAGCAUGAUCAUUGUCUGCAUAAGAUGAAGCUUCUAGACUCCGACAAGAGCUGGGAAUUGUUCUUGAAGAAGGCAUUCACCAACGGCACAUGUCCACAAGAAUUAGAGAGUAUAGGGAGACGAAUCUUGGAAAAAUGCGACGGCCUGCCUCUAGCAAUUAGUGUGGUCGGAGGCAUACUAUUCGAAACCCAAACCAAGAGCCGAUGGCAAGAAGUUCUUAACCAAAUAAACACUUAUUUGGACAUCCCUGAGAACAAUGUCCACAAAAUCUUGGAAUUGAGUUAUCAGAAUCUGUCUCCUCAACUGAAGUCAUGCUUCUUGUGCCUAGCCUUUUUCAAGGAGGAUUCUACCAUUCCUUCGAAAAGGCUGGUAAAUAUAUGGGUUGCUGAAGGCUUGAUCCAUGAGGAUGGAAGAGGAACAGCAGAUGAGAUAGGAAAAGGUUACUUAAACGAGUUGAUCAACCGGAGCAUGAUUCAGAUUGAUGGUUUCAUCAAUGAUGAACAAGUGAAAUAUUGUCAUCUCCAUGAUCUUCUUCGCAAUCUAUGCUUGAGCAAAGCGGAGGUGGAAAUGGGUUUGAAGAUUGUGAACGGGGAUGAGGAGGGGGUUUCAUUAUCCGAGUCCUCAUAUAAGCCUCGCCAUUGUGUUGUCUAUGGUAAAAAUAUUGAGACUUUCUCGUUGAAUCGGAACAAGCAUCUUCGCACUCUUUUCCUCGUCAGUGUCAAAAGUGAGGAUGUUUAUGCAUCUAGGUACUGGAAGAGCUUACAACUCCUUAAGAUACUGGACCUCGAUGGCUCUUUGUUUCGAAGAUUGCCAGACUCGUUUCGCUUCUUGCUUGGAUUGAAAUACUUUAGGAUACGUAGUGAUGAGAGUGUCGUUGGCUUUUUUGUUCUGCAGCUCCCAAGUUGGUUCGAUCGGCUUAAAAAACUUGAGGUUCUGGAUGUGGAGAAGGGGCUUGUGUUGUUCCCUCGUGUCGCGCUGAAAAUGGAAAGACUGCGCCAUUUCCACGUACAUAGUGUCUAUGGCAGAACCAUGAGAAUUGAUAACUGGAAAAGUAUUGAGAGUUUGAAACAAAUUAGGCUGGAGGAUUGGCUUGAAUGCAGCUCAAGAAUGAGCUGUCAUCUUCGUGAACUAGGCGUAUGUAUAACUGGAAUGGAACGAAGCGAGUGCUUUAGCAAGGCGAGAUCUUCGCUGGAAGAGAUGACGAAUCUUGUGGAACUACACAUAGAAAUCACUAUGUCGUUUUCAAUGGAAGAAGUUAUUCCGAAUCUGGAGAGUCUCACUGUGCUUAAACUGGAUGGUGGGAUGCUCAAAUGUCCGGCUGCGAGCAUGUUCCCUCGGAAUCUUUCCAACCUCACGUUGUGUAACUUAAACGAUGAUCCGAUGCAAGAACUAGGAAAGCUACCAAAGCUACAGUACCUCACGUUAUCGUGUGUCAUAGCUUGUUACAUGGGUGAGAGGAUGAGAGUGUUGCACGAUGGGUUCCCUUGCCUCAAGGCCUUGUCCCUCCAAAGCAUGGGUUCAUUGAGACGUAUCGACGUCGAAGAAGGUGGAAUGCAGAACCUCAAACAACUGCAGAUACACCAUUGCCCUUACUUGGAGACUGAGAAUAUGCCCAAACACAUCAUCAUAUUAGCUGUGUAAGUUGGAGGUUGCUUGGUUAUGUCUAUUGCUCUUUUGUGUAGAAAUAUAUCUUGAUUCAAAAAUGAAAAAACUAAUAAACAUUGAAAAGAAUUUGUGGAAGCAUGGUUUAUAUGAUUGAAUUGUUGUAAGGGUGUGAAUUGUUUAGUUAAUGGAUUCUAGUUACAUGUAUGGCAAUUAAAGUUAAUUUUUGGUAUA